GUGCAUAUUUUAUUCAUUAACUAAAUCGUCUGUUACAAUUUUACACAAUCUUGAUCAAAUCAGCAGUCAAAAUUGAAAAUUAAGAUUGUUUAUGACCUAAUUCGAUGAUAAAUCAUUCUUUUCUUUUUUAUUUGUAAAAACAUGUAAAACAAUGAUAUGACGAAAUUGUGUCGUCUGCAUGUCACAAAAGUUAGGGUUUCGGAUAAACAUUUCGGAUAAAGGCUUUGUGGAUAAAAGAAAACGAGACUUGGUAAUAGAUAUGUUUGUUGCUAAUAAAAUGGAAUCUAAACAUACACAACACAGUGAGAAGCAUAAUGAUAUGUGUGUUCUUGAUAUGGUAUCAGAAAUAUUACUUCAAAUUAUAGAAGACCACAGUGUUUUCAAUCCCAAAAAUGAAGAAAAAUGUGUAAAUGAAACUGUUCAAACAUUGAGUGAAACUGAGGAUGAAGACUUUAAUGAUGAAGGGCUUACUUCAGAAAACCAAUGUAUUCAACUUAAUGAAGAUGGUAACAUAUUACAACAUAGUCAACUAGCAGUGAAAGAAAUUUCUUUGGAGAGACAUGAAACUACUUUAAAUACUUUUGAUAUUCAUAGUAAAAUUCAAGAUUUACUAAACAGCAAGGGAAAUGAUGAUUAUGACAAAGAAGAAAACAACAGCUGCGAGAAGAAACAGUUGCUGACUGCAUUACAUUUAAGCCCAGCUUUAAAGGAUUUUGAUAAAGAAAAAGAUAAGUGUGAUUUGGAUUUUGCAGAAAAGAAGAAAGAAAGUGUGCACUUUACUUCUCCUGUAGCUGUUUUCUAUGAAUUCAGUGAAAAAAGCGAAGCUUCAUCAGAUGGUAGUACAGACAUUCUAUCAGAUUCUGAUUCUCAAGACUUGAUUCUAUCACAGAAUGAAAGUAUAGAAACAAGUGAAUUAGAUUUAGAGAAUAGAGUUGCAAAUUCACAUGCUAUAAAUAAUGUGCAAGAUAGAAAUUUGACUUUGUAUGUAGGAGAAGACAGUCUUGAGGACAAGAGAGAUUGCAUUAUGACACCAGGAGGAGAUUGUUUUAAUGUCAAGUUAUUUGCGAACUUUGAUGCGGUAACUGACCCAUUAGAAAUUGAAACGGCAAAUGAUUGCAACCAAAAUGCACUUUCACCUAAAAGUUUCAACAAUGGAACUUUAGUUAACCACCUAGAAUUAAGUCAAAAGGGAAAAGAGAUAGAAAAAGUUACUGUAACAGUGGCAGAUAAUUUAAAACCUAUAGAUGAUAAUUCAGAAAGACAGGACUCAAAAAAUGUUUUUGAAAGUUCAGAAGAAACAUGUUACUCAGAAACAAUUGCACAAGAUAUUAGUAUUGGUAAAAGAAAUGAUUACAAAGUGAAUAGAAGCAAUCAUACAAACAUAACAGAAGAGUCUCUGGUAUUACCAAAUCUUUCAGAACCUAACUGUAUUGUUGCCGAUUUUUCAACUGUAGAAAAUAAAACUGAGAGUAAUGAUUCUUGUAUCAGUGAAGUUUUCACAAAAUUUUCUCUUGAUAAAGAAGAAAGCAAAGUUGAGCUUUCACAAGACAUGUUUAUUGAACUGAAUCAGACAAAUACUACAGAAGAAGAAACUAUUGACAAAUCAGACAUCAAUUCACCUCAACAUUACAUUAAUGGUGGUGGUAAAGACUUUGAUAAUUUCCCUGUUAAUAAAUCAAUAGAGCAAGACUUGGUUAAUCAGAAAAUAUAUGAAAAUAUACAAGUAGAAAUUGAAAAAGAGCAAGACAUUAUAAAUACUGCUGAGGAAUGUGAAUUCAAAGAUGAAAAAGUAGAACCAAGCCAACAGUGUGCUGAAACAAGUAUGAGUACAGAAGUUGAUGCUCUAGCAUAUAGUGAAAUAGAGAAUAGUGACAUGGCCGGUAUUAAGUCCAGUCAGAAAAGAGAACAGUCAAGCCCGGAGUUAAAUUGUUCACAGGUUAUUAAAAAAAGCAGAUCAGGAACAGCAGUUGAUUUAACAUCUAAAGCAAAAAAGAGGAAAUUAUUCAAAUUUGGACUGAAUGAAUGUAGAAAGGUAAAAUUGCUCAAACUUGAUUUUGAGUAUGAUGAAACAGAUUUGAAAAAAGUACCAAAAAUGUUAAAACAGUUAGCAUCAGAUGUGAUAGCUGGAUUGGAUGAAAAUGUUAUCUUUGAAUGUAACAAAGAAGAACUAACUACAAAGCAAGAGAACAUUAAUGAAGCACCAGAUGGUCACUCGGUAAGUAUUACAGUAGACAUCAGUGGUAACUUUGAAAAUGAAAUGAAAGAAGACAGCUUUGAUAGACAAGACAAAAUUAGUACAGGUGAUUUGUGUUUAAGUGAUUGUGAAAAGGAGUUACAGCAAGAAUAUCCAAAGGCUUUAGGUUUGUGUAACUCUGGAAGUAAUCAAAAUAGUAAACUGCUUAACAAAUCGAAUGAUACUGGCAUUAGUGAAGACACUACAUCAAUACUGUUGGAAACUUCUGAAAUUGGUUGUUUAAAUGAGGAACAUUUCCUUGAGAGUCAAAACUUCCCAAGAUGUACAGAUACAAUGUCUGCAACAAAAGCACUCUCACAGCACUCAGAUGAGAACUGUAAUGAAACUCAUUGUUUGUUUGAAAGUGAUCAAAGUGUACCAGUCAUAGAUGGACCAAUACAUAUGAAAGGUGCAGAAGACACAGACUCUUUUCAAUUAGAAACAGCUGAAGAAUUACACAACAAACAACAUGUUUAUCCAAAAAAUCUGUUAAGUCCAAAAUUCAUGACUGCAACAGAAUUACUGUCACAGAGUUCAGAAGAGAGUGGAAGUACUGGAUUCACAGUCAAUGCCACAGAUCCUCUGAAUAAUUUUGAUUUACAAGAUCAAGACAGUUUAGAAAACUCUGAGGUGAUACAGAUCAAUAACAUUGCAGAGUUUGGAAUAAAUCCUAUUGUGCAAGAACAGCGUCCUGUAGUUGUGGCAACCUUUAAUCAUAAUCCAAAAAGUGUAGUUGAAAUCACUGAAGAUGGUUUGAUGGAAGAAAAGUUGGAAAAUACUGGUUAUGAUAUGAUAGUAUCGUCUUGUGAAAUUAAGGGAAAUGUAAAGUCUUUAGAUGUUUUGGACAGAAAUUGUGCUGCUACUGAUCAAGAUGAACAGAUAGAUACUGAUCAACUGGAUGUAUAUAUUGAUGGAAUAGUAGAUCAAAUAGUUCCUGAUGAUAAGUAUGAAGGUGAACCUAUAAACAGAGGGGAAGAACAUACAAUGUUUACAAGAAAAGAAGAUAAGAAAUCAGAAGUACAUAGAUGUGGUCCAGAUGUUUGUGUUAAAGAAGACAACACUGCUUGUCAACAAAUAAAAACUCAAGGUAUGUGCUUCUGGGAAAGUCAAUACUGCCUUAUAAUCAGUAUGAAAAAGGAAAGGUGUAUGAGAAAUGUUUCAGCUGGAAGUAUAGACCAUCAUAUGAUGCAGAUGGAGACACAAUUCUACCUGAGCUGCCAGAUGAAGACCAAGUUGUUACUAUCACUCCACUCAAAACUUGCGGUAAACCGCUGAGGUUGGGACUGUCUAAACGCCAGCCUGUGAAAAAGAGUCUUCAUCAGUUUGUUACUAAGAAGUGAUGGUUUGAAAAUUAUCUUUUGAAAUUGUAAAUCUAUUCAAGUACCAGCUGAGUAUUUUUUUGGGGGGCUUAAAAUGAAACUAACUUACAGUUCCAGAAAAACCAGGUUUAUUGAUGAAUUUUGACUAUUCUUAAGUGUUCCUACUCUUUGACACACUUAUAAAAAUGUCAUGCAAACACUGCAUGACAUAAAUGUUUAGUUAGAUUAAGUGUUCUUAAGGUGUAAGUAAAGCCUAUAAGUGUUGAAUAAAAAUAUAUCUAAACAUUAUUGCAUUUGAUAAGCAGACACAGUUUUGUGGAAAUUGUUAAGACAAUCUAGUAUAUCAUAAAUACUGAACAUUAUAGAUAACAAAGGAGUAAAAAUGAAAUGAUUUUCAUUUGAAAAGCAUAAAAAUUCAUGUGCAUCUAAACAAUCAAUCAAUUUAUCUGAUGUACUUAAAAUACAUAAAGCUUUAUCUGCUUUGCCUUUAGAUUACAAAAUAAGUGGUUAAAUUUUGAAUAAGAAUGAUUUCAAAAUACCUGUUUGAAAGAAAUAUGUUUGUAUAUUUUCUUGGUGAAUGCACAAAAUUAUUGCUAAAUGGUUAAAACCGUGCCUGUACUUCAAAUAAUAGCAUAUUUUGUUCUGGAAUUAACAUAAAUUAGUCAUAUAACAAAGGACAUUCUAUGUAACAACUCUUUUGAGGACUAACCAUAAGAUUAUGGAAAUAACAUAAUUUUAAUGUUUAUAGCUUUUAUACCCUUUAAGUCUACUGUAGCAAGACUAUUUUCAUGAACAAUUUUGUAUUUAAUGAGGUAUAGCAAAAUUUCACCAGGUUUAAGAGUUUAGAGAUUAUCAUCGGACUGGUAAUAUGUCAAAAUAUUAUGAUAUGUAUAAUAUGCU